CUACGCUCCGCCAACUGCAGAAACUGGUGUGGAAAGCAGUUAGUUUGGAGUAAAACAACCCUCGGAAAGGAGGCUGAAAAAUACUUUCAAAACACAGUAAGGCAAACAAAGGAGCGCAGUGUCAUUCUCGUAAUCGAAUUGUCCAGGUAACUUCCAAAUUCUCCCGACAUCAUACAUCUUUCGUUUAUGUCUGCAGCCAGGUGGAAAUUAUCCUAUCAGUAUGUUUAAUUCACUUCAGGCGGGUUGGGGGGAUAGAGAAGGCACGAUGGUGUCUCUGAAAAACGUAUCUCCUCCAAGUGAAGGAAUACGGCACGAGCAAGGUGAAAUCACCGCUAUUUGGAAUGGCGAGGGGCUUGGACCAGGGACUCUGUACAUUGCAGAAACGUGAGAUUUUUAAAAUUUUAUCAAGAAACUGCGAGAUUUGAUUGAAAUCGACUAGUAUGUGUUUGACAAAGGCCUUUCCUCAUCUUGCCAAACUCACGUGCGUAACAUUUAUUUUUCAUUAACUAUUUUUGGCAUUCAUCUCUCUCAGAUGUGUAUCAUGGUUCGAUGGGUCUGGAAUGGGCUUUUCUUUGGAAUACCGGUCAAUCAGCCUCCACGCAAUCUCGCGGGACCUUACCGCGUACCCGAAAGAGCACCUGUACGUCAUGGUCAACACCAAACUCAAAGGUGAGGUUUCUCAAAGAUUCUUUGUCUUUCUCUCAAGUCCAGUGUAUUCAGAAUAGUCUCACUUUCCGAAGUGCAAUGAGACCAUAUCAUUUUGAAGCGAGCGGAAAGUUAUAAAAAGUUGAGCCUGUACAUAGACCUAAUUAUUGUCUAAUAUUAUGCACGAAAAGGUUGCUUCGACAUAAGCGGUUUCUCACAGCAUGCCAACCCAAAGACCGCAUUGUAGCCUAACGUUACAUUUUGUACUAACAAAGUAAGGGUGUAUUCAUUAUUCGGAUUCCGUUUCAAAACGUUUUGCAACAAACCCUUUACUCCAAAAAAGUUUAGCAAUGAAAGAGUUUCUAUCGGACAAAUUCAGGAAGGGCCCUCAGUUUUUUUCUGUUUGGUUCCUAAAGUAAAAUGUAACCGGUUUCCAUAGCAAAAGAUUUUGCAACAGACAACGUUUUGCAAUCUGGCUAAUACAUCCUUGGCAUGCCUCCUGUCCAGCCUGGUCUCAUAGACUAGACGUAACAUAGUAAACGUAAAUCCGGGAUACUGAAAUUAGUAUGGUAUGUUAGGUUUGGUAUGGUUACAUAAGACAGAUUGGUUACUUAUGCAGAAAUGAAAAGUAGGGUGUUUGGAUGGGUGGGCGUAUAAUGCAAAUGCCUAGCAACCCAAAGGUUGCGAAUUCGAAUCUUAACAUGGACAACUUUAGAAUUUUAGCUAAUUAGCAACUUUUUAACUACUUGCUACUUUGCAACUACUUAGCAUGUUAGCUAACCUUAACCCUUUUAGCGAACCCUUCCCCUAACCUAACUCCUAAACUUAACCCUAACCUUAAUAAUAAUGCCUAGCUAACGUUAUCCAGCUAGCUAGAAUUCGUAACAUAUCAAACAUUUAGAAAAUUUGUAAAAUAUUUUACAUUUAACAAAUUCAUAACAUAUAAUACGGAUUGUAAUUCGUAACAUAUCAUACGAAAUGGCAGAUGAACAACCACAAAUGAAUACAUACCAUACGAAAUGUAUCAUAUCAUACUAAACGGAGUCCCUCGGAUUUACGUAAAGAAUAAUACAGAAAACUCUGAGACAGGUUGUCCUGUCAGGAACAGCCACCAUUCAUCCCACACAUACUCACCCGCUGCUGAAUGGCCGUUUUUACCCCCUAGAGAGGCUCAUUGUCGUAUUGCGGAUGGGCGAGCUGCCAGUCACGGUUGCUCGGACAUCCAAUGCUCUCGAGAGCUUGUUUACAGCUGAGUUGCUGCAGAGACUAAACAAUAAGCAGUGUUUUUGCUUCAUGUCUUAGGUCAUGCCAAGGUCAUUAGACUUAACUUGCUCGCUUAUGCCUAUUCGUUUUGCCAAUUGUUGCAUUGUCGAAGGAACCUGCAAGUAAGCAUUUAGUUGGAUUGUGUAUCCUGUACAUACGACUAAUAAAAUGGCAAACUUGAAAUUGUACUUUGUCAUUUUAUUAAUGCCAGUUAACAGUUAUUGUAGUGCUCUUAGAUUCACCUUCACACUUUUUUGGUAGGAAAGGUGGUUUAAAAUGUUAAAUAAAAUAUUGUUCCAUUUGCACAUUGGACACUUGGUUGUAUAGGUAGUGAAAAAUCAAAAUGAAAGUCAACUUUCUGUCAAUUUUUCUUUGAGUUAAGCUUUGUGGGGCUUUCAUUCCUUUUAUGGAAAGGAAAGAGCUGACAUCCUUUGGGAGAGGAGGGUUUUCCUUAGCCCAGGUUCUAGACCAAGUGGAACUCGGGUCUAGUUGUAUUACAUAUACCCACCUUGCGAGUUACUUCCCGACCUGUGACCGUGCCUGUUUGGGGACACUUUUCCCAAGUCCGAAGGUAUAUCCGUAAUCUGUAUACAGUUCUGAUUGAAAAAGGCGUCCUGUGCAUUGCCGAGUAGGCAAGACUUGUCUGACAUCUGAGUGUUUUUCUGCUGUACUGUGUCAGUGGAGGCUCCUCAGAGGAAGGGGAGGACCAUCCUACUCAGUAAAUUUCAGAAAAAUUUAAAUAGUUAAGCAAAGUUAUCCUUUUUAGAUAAAACUAUACUAAAUAUAUUCACUUGUCACCAAAUAACUGAUUUAAACACUGUUUUGCAGUGGUCUACAGUAGCCUCAACAGCACCCUCUUGGGGUAGCACCAUGGUGUAGCCGGAGGACAGCUAGUUUCUGUCUUCCGCUGGGUACAUUGACUUCAAUACAAAACCUUGGAGGCUCAUGUUUCUCAACCCCUUCCAUAGACUUAUACAGUAAUAAUGACGACUUCCGAAGGAUGUUGCCCAACCUCCGCUCUUGCAGUAUGAACUGACAUGUUGUCCAUCCAAUCAAAGGAUCAGAGAAUUAAUAUACACUACCGGUCAAAAGUUUUAGAACACCUACUCAUUCAAGGGUUUUUCUUUAUUUUUACUAUUUUCUACAUUGUAGAAUAAUAGUGAAGACAUCAAAACUAUGAAAUAACACAUAUGGAAUCAUGUAGUAACCCAAAAAGUGUUAAACAAAUCAAAAUAUAUUUUAUAUUUGAGAUUCUUCAAAUAGCCACCCUUUGCCUUGAGAGCUUUGCACACACUUUUAUAACUGUUUGGAAUAAUGAUUGCACCCAAGAUCAGCUAGAUGCAGGCAAGAGUGUGCAAGGCGGUAUCGAAUAUGUCACCUUGAUUACUCAAAUGUGUCUCUCGACCUGUGCACAUGUUAAACUUUCAUUUGUAGGCUAGGUUGUAGCACCGUCACCGGCUUCAUAAGGAAAUGUGUGGGCGACGUUGUCCCUACAGUGACGGUUCGCUGCUUCCCCAAUCAAAAGUCCUGGAUUAACACGGAGGAUCAAAUCAAAAUGUAUUUGCCACAUGGGCCGAAUACAGCAGGUCUAGACCUUACAGUGAAAUGCUUACUUACAAGCCCUUAACCAACAAUGCAGUUUUAAGAAAAUAAAAGUGUUAAGUAAAACAUAAAAAUAGCAAAUAAUUAAAGAGCAGCAGUAAAAUAAAAUAACAGUAGAGAGGCUAUACAGGGGGUACCGGUACAGUGUCAUUGUGCGGGGGCACCGGUUAGUCGAGGUAAUUGAGGUAAUAUGUACAUGUGGGUAGAGUUAAAGUGACUAUGCAUAGAUAAUAAACAGAGUAGCAGCAGCGUAAAAGAGAAGGUGGGGUGGGGGGGCAAUGCAAAAAGUCUGGGUAGCUAUGAUUAGCUGUUCAGGAGUCUUAUGGCUUGGGUAGAAGCUGUUACGAAGCCUUUUGGACCUAGAUUUGGCGCUCCGGUACCGCUUGCCAUGCGGUAGCAGAGAGAACAGUCUAUGACUAGGGUGGCUGGAGUCUUUGACCAUUUUUAGGGCCUUCCUUUGACACCGCCUGGUAUAGAGGUCCUGGAUGGCAGGAAGCUUGGCCCCAGUGAUGUACUGGGCCAUACACACUACCCUCUGUAGUGCCUUGCGGUCGGAGGCCGAGCAGUUGCCAUACCAGGCGGUGAUGCAACCAGUCAGGAUGCUCUCGAUGGUGCAGCUGUAGAACCUUUUGAGGACCCAUGCCAAAUCUUUUCAGUCUCCUGAGGGGAAUAGGCUUUGUCGUGCCCUCUUCACGACUGUCUUGGUGUGUUUGGACCAUGAUAGUUUGUUGGUGAUGUGGACACCAAGGAACUUGAAGCUCUCAACCUGGUCCACUACAGCCCUCCAUUUCCUGUAGUCCACAAUCAUCUCCUUUAUCUUGAUCACGUUGAGGGAGAGGUUGUUAUCCUGGCACCACUCGGCCAGGUCUCUGACCACCUCCCUAUAGGCUGUCUCAUCGUUGUCUGUGAUCAGGCCUACCACUGUUGUCGUCGGCAAACUUAAUGAUGGUGUUGGAGUCGUGCCUGGCCAUACAGUCAUGGGUGAUCAGGGAGUACAGGAGGGGACUGAGCACACACCCUUGAGGGGCCCCCGUGUUUAGGAUCAGCGUGGCAGAUGUGUUGUUACCUACCCUUACCACCUGGGGGCGGCCCGUCAGGAAGUCCAGGAUCCAGUUGCAGAGGGAGGUGUUUAGUCCCAGGGUCCUUAGCUUAGUGAUGAGCUUUCAGGGCACUAUGGUGUUGAACGCUGAGCUGCAGUCAAUGAAUAGCAUUCUCACGUAGGUGUUCCUCUUGUCCAGGUUGGAAAGGGCAGUGUGGAGUGCAAUAGAGAUUGGAUCUGUUGGGGUGGUAUGCAAAUUGGAGUGGGUCUAGGGUUUCUGGGAUAAUGGUGUUGAUGUGAGCCACGACCAGCCUUUUCAUGGCUACAGAUGUGAGUGCUACGGGUCGGUAGUCAUUUAGACAGGUUACCUUAGUGUUCUUGGGCACAAGGACUAUGGUGGUCUGCUUGAAACAUGUUGUUAUUACAGACUCAGUCAGGGACAUGUUGAAAAUGUUAAUUGAAGACACUUGCCAGUUGGUCAGUGCAUGCUCGGAGUACACGUCCUGAUGAUCUAUCUGGCCUUCGGCCUUGUGAAUGUUGACCUGCUUAAAAGUCAUACUCACAUCGGCUACGGAAAACGUGAUCACAUAGUCCUCCGGAACAGCUGAUGCUCUCAUGCAUGCUUCAGUGUUGCUUGCCACGAAGCGAGCAUAGAAGUGAUUUAGCUCAUCUGGUAGGCUUGUGUCACUGGGCAGCUCGCGGCUGUGCUUCCCUUUGUAGUCUGUAAUAGCUUUCAAGCCAUGCCACAUCCGACGAGCGUCGGAGCCGGUGUAGUAUGAUUCAAUCUUAGUCCUGUAUUGACUCUUCGCCUGUUUGAUGGUUCGUCGGAGGGCAUAGCGGGAUUUCUUAUAAGCGUCCGGGUUAGUGUUCCGCUCCUUGAAAGCGGCAGCUCUACCCUUUAGCUCAGUGCGGAUGUUGCCUGUAAUCCAUGGCUGUUGGUUGGGGUAUGUACGUAUGGUCACUGUGGGGACGACGUCAUCGAUGCACUUAUUGAUGAAGCCAGUGACUGAUGUGGUGUACUCCUCAAUGCUAUCGGAAGAAUCCCGGAACAUAUUCCAGUCUGUGCUAGCAAAACAGUCCUGUAGCUUAGCAUCUGCCUCAUCUGACCACUUCCUUAUUAACCGAGUCACUGGUGCUUCCUGCUUUUAGUUUCUGCUUAUAAGCAGGAAUCAGGAGGAUGGAGUUAUGGUCAGAUUUGCCAAAUGGAGGGCGAGGGAGAGCUUUGUACGCGUCUCUGUGGGUCGAGUAAAGAUGGUCUAGUGUUUUUUCUUCUGGUUGCACAUUUAACAUGCUGGUAGAAGUUAGGUAGAACGGAUUUAAGUUUCCCUGCAUUAAAGUCCCCUGCCACUAGGAGCGCUGCCUCUGGAUGAGCGUUUUCCUGUUUACUUAUGACCUUAUACAGCUCAUUGAGUGCAAUCUUAGUGCCAGCAUCGGUUUGUGGUGGUAAAUAGACAGCUACGAAAAAUAUAGAUGAAAUCUCUCUUGGUAAAUAGUGUGGUCUACAGCUUAUCAUGAGAUACUCUACCUCAAGUAAGCAAAACCUCGAGACUUCCUUAGUAUUAGAUUUUAUGCACCAGCUGUUGUUUACAAAUAUACACAGACCGCCACCCUUUGUCUUACCAGAGUCAGCCGUUCUAUCCUGCCGAUGUAGCGUAUAUCCCGCCAGCUGUAUGUUAUCCAUGUCGUCGUUCAGCCACGACUCGGUGAAACAUAAGAUUACAGCUUUUAAUGUCCCAUUGGUAGGAUAACCUUGAUCUUAGGUCGUCCAAUUUAUUUUCAAAUGAUUGUACAUUGGCUAAUGGGAUUGAUGGAAGAGGCACUUUACUCGCUCGCCGUCGGAUCCUUACAAGGCACCCCGACCUACGUCCACGAUAUAUCCGUCUCAUGCGAAUGACGGGGAUUUGGGCCUUGUCGGGUGUCUGUAGAAUAUUAUUCGCAUCCGACUCAUUGAUAUAAAGAUCUUUGUCCAAUACGAGGUGAGUAAUCACUAUCCUGAUAUCCAGAAGCUCUUUUUGGUCAUAAGAGACGGUGGCAGAAACAUUAUGUACAGAAUAAAUUACAAAUAACGCGAAAAAACACUGAUAAUAGUACAAUUGGUUAGAGGGCUGUAAAACGGCAGGUAUCUUCUCCGGUGCCAUUAUCUGGCGCUAAGCUAAGCGUAAUCAAACGAGCAAAAGGUCAAUAUAGGAAUAAAGUGGAAUCAUACUACACAAGCUCUAACUUCCGCCGCAUGUGGAUUACAAAGGAAGACCCAGCUGUGAUCUGCCCAACGAUGCCACUCUUCCAGACGAACUCAAUACAUUUUAUGCACGCUUCGACAAUCACACCGUGCGUGAGGGCCCCCACUGACUCAGGACUGGGUGAUCUCGCUCUCCGAGGCCAAGGUGAGGUAAGGUCUUUUAAAUCAGGUUAAAACUCACGGGGCCGGACGGUAUUCCAGGGAGCGUUCUCAGAGCAUGUGCCGAUCAGCUGGCAGGCAUAUUCACGGUAAUAAAAUGCAAAUGAAUUACUUAAAAAUCAUAAUGUGAUUUUCUGGAUUUUUGUUUUAGAUUCCGUCUCUCACAGUUGAAGUGUACCUAUGAUAAAAAUUACAGACCUCUACAUGCUUUGUAAGUAGGAAAACCUGCAAAAUCGGCAGUGUAUCAAAUACUUGUUCUCCCCACUGUAUACUGACUACCCACACACACUUGCCUAAAAUCAUCAUUUACGUUGCUGCUACUCUGUUUAUCAUAUCCUGAUGCCUAGUCACCUUACCCAUAUACAUACACUACGUGACCAAAAGUAUGUGGACACCUGCUCAUCGAACAUCUCAUUCCAAAAUCAUGGGCAUUAAUAUGGAGUUGGUCCCCCCUUUGCUGCUAUAACAGCCUGCACUCUUCUGGGAAGGCUUUCCACUAGAUGUUUGAACUUUGCUGCAAGGACUUGCUUCCAUUCAGCCACAAGCAUUAGUGAGGUCGGGCACUGAUGUUCUGCGAUUAAGCCUGGCUCGCAGUCAGCGUUCCAAUUCAUCCUAAAGGUGUUCGAUGGGGUUGAGGUCAGGGCUCUGUGCAGGCCAGUCAAGUAAUUCCACACCGAUCUCAACAAACCAUUUCUGUAUGGACCUCACUUUGUGCACUGGGGCAUUGUCAUGCUGAAACAGGAAAGGGCCUUCCCCAAACUGUUGCCACAAAGUUAGAAGCACAGAAUCGUCUAGAAUGACAUUGUAUGCUGUAGCGUUAAGAUUUCCCAUCACUGGAAGUAGGGGGCCUAGCGUGAACCAUGAAAAACAGCCCCAGAACAUUUAUUCCUCUCAACCAAACUUUUGUUGGAACUAUACAUUGGGGCAGGUAGCGUUCUCCUGGCAUCCGCCAAACCCAGAUUUGUCCGUCAGACGAUGGUGAAGCGUGAUUCAUCACUCCAGAGACUCGUUUCCACUGCUCCAGAGUCCAAUGGCGGCAAGCUUUACACCACUCCAGCUGACGCUUGGCAUUGCGCAUGGUGAUCUUAGGCUUGUGUGCGGCUGCUCGGCCAUGGAAAGCCAUUUCAUGAAGCUCCCGACAAACAGUUCUUGUGCUGACGCUGCUUCCAGAGGCAGUUUGGAACCCGGUAGUGAGUGUUGCAACCGAGGACAGACGAUUUUUACACGCUACUCGCUUCAGCACUCAGCGGUCCCGUUCUGUGCGCUUGUGUGGCCUACCAGUUCACGGCUGAGCCAUUGUUACUCCUAGAUGUUUCCACUUCACAAUAACCGCACUUACAGUUGACCAGGGAAGCUCUAGCAGGGCAGACAUUUGAUGAACUGACUUGUUGGAAAGGUGGCAUCCUAUGCCGGUGCCACGUUCAAAGACACUGAGCUCUUCAGUAAGGCCAUUCUACUGCCAAUGUUUGUUUAUGGAGAUUGCAUGGCGGUGUGCUCGGUUUUAUACCUGUCAGCAACGGGUGUGGCUGAAAUAGCCAAAUCCACUAAUUUGAAGGGGUAUGCACAUACUUUUGUGUGUAAAUUCAGAAAAAAAAGAAACGUCCCUUCUUCAGGACCCUGUCUUUCAAAGAUAAUUUGUAAAAAUCCAAAUAACUUCACAGAUCUUCAUUGUAAAGGGUUUAAACACUGUUUCCCAUGCUUGUUCAAUGAACCAUAAACAAUGAAUGAACAUGCACCUGUGGAACGGUUUUAAGACACUAACAGCUUACAGACGGUAGGCAAUUAAGGUCACAGUUAUGAAAACUUAGGACACUAAAGAGGCCUUUCUACUGACUCUGAAAAACACCAAAAGAAAGAUGCCCAGGGUCCCUGCUCAUCUGCGUGAACGUGCCUUAGGCAUGCUGCAAGGAGAAAUGACGACUGCAGAUGUGGCCAGGGCAAUAAAUUGCAAUGUCUGUACUGUGAGACGCCUAAGACAGAGCUACAGGGAGACAGGACGGACAGCUGAUUGUCCUCGCAGUGGCAGACCAUGUGUAACAACACCUGCACAGGAUCGGUACAUCCGAACAUCACACCUGCGGGACAGGUACAGGAUGGCAACAACAACUGCCCGAGUUACACCAGGAACGCACAAUCCCUCCAUCAGUGCUCAGACUGUCUGCAAUAGGCUGAGAGAGGCUGGACUGAGGGCUUGUAGGCCUGUUGUAAGGCAGGUCCUCACCGGCAACAACAUCGCCUAUGGGCACAAACCCACCAUCGCUGGACCAGACUGGUCUUGCAAAAAGUGCUCUUCACUGACGAGUCACUGACAAGGACACAUUAUUCAAUUUCUGUUAGUCACAUGUCAGUGGAACUUGUUCAUUUUGUCUCAGUUGUUGAAUCUUAUGUUUAUACAAAUAUUUACACAUGUUAAGUUUGCUGAAAAUAAACGCAGUUGACAGUGAGGACGUUUUCUUUUUUUGCUGAGUUUGUGUAUAGAUCUAGCUAUCACUCCAGUAUCCCUGCACAUUGUAAAUAUGGUAUUGGAACUGACCCUGUAUGUAGCUUCUUACACUCUCCUUUUCUUUUUAUUUAGUGUGUAUUUUUGAUCUACCUUAUGUCGUGGAAAUUACCACCAGGGACACUUGAAGUCAAUCUUAAAUUAAUCAUUGUUUAUUAACAGCAAGCUGGAGAGGUCACAGUCAAACUUAGAUGCGUAAAGUACCGGUCUGAAGUGAGCUCUACCGGGGCAGUUUGGUUAGUUCUCUUAUAUACUGCUUAAACAGACAAGUUAUAUUUGCAUGAUUUAGCUUAUUCAUCAUUCAUAAUUAAUUCAUUAACGUUUGGUUCAUGCAUGUGACUGACCAAUACCUCAUGAGGCUUCUUCUCUCCAAGCUGAGAGAUCCCUUUCGUUCUCAAAACAAUGUUCUGGGCGUACUGCCAAAUUGCAGAUACUGAUAAUGAGGAUUCCUCCCAGGCACGAUCUAUCAGUCACUUGCAUGAACCCAGUCGAAUUGGUAAUUAGAAAAGCACAAACACAAAAUGUUCCAUCAUAUUUGUUAUUGACUCUAUGGCUGCGUUUAUCCGGGCAGCCCAAUUCUGAUCUUUUGCCCAAUUUUUUUGUAGCAAAAUAUCUGAAUUGGGCUGCCUGUGUAAACGCAGAUUAACAAGUUACCCCCCCCCCCCCCCCACACACACACAGAUAACUGUGAGAAGGAUGUGGAGGAAGAGGAUGAUGAAGAUGAGAGUACUGAUGAUGACUGCGAUGCUGAUUCCAUAAGUCCUGUUACAGAGAUCCGUUUUGUGCCCAGUGACACGGCCUCCUGUAAGUGGUAACUGUGGAAUACCAUACAUGCAUACUUCACCCUAUUGUGAGCUAUAUCAGCACAGUAUUGGACUCUGUAAUAGAUAUUCAGGCCUGAGCUAAAUUUGAAAAUGAACCCCAAAGGAAUGUUACUUAGAUCGGACCAAAUUGAUGGUCGCUUUUACAGCUGAAGAGGUAACAACUUAGAUCUAUGGUUCGGGGAAAGUGUUGGUUUGAACAACUUUCCCAAAUACUUGCCUGAAUUUGUGUGUGUGUUUUCCACCCUCCAGUGGAGCCCAUGUUCUCAGCCAUCUCUGAAUGCCAGGCCCUGCACCCUGACCCUGAAGACUCAGACUCUGAGGGAGAUGAGUACGACGUUGAAGAAGCUGGUGAGUGAGCACUCCAUGGCCAUGUUCAGUAUUCAUUAGGGCACACAGCAGAAUGUUUUGCAACGGGAAACGAAAAUGAACCUUUCCCAUUGAACAAGUCCAGGUAGUCCCUCCCUGCUUUAGUCUUCUGCCGUUUGGUGCCUAAUGAACACAACCCGUCUUUCUUGCCAACAAAUGAACUUCUCUUGACCUCUAGACUUGGAUGUUUCAUGGCUAAAUGUCCUCCAUGCACCUCCUCGACACCUUGACAACUGUUCUGCGAUCAGUAUAAGGAUGCACAUUAAUUUGUCUCAUUCAGGUCGUGUUGGACUAGGUCAGUGCUAAAAUAAUAAUUGAUGUUGGCUAACUUUAACGAAAGUGUUCAUUCGGUUUAUGAUGCCAUGCCUAAACGCAUAGUGACUGUAAAUCCAGAAUAAACAUACUUUUUUAAUUUGAUUUUUUUAUUUAAAGACCACAACAUACUUUACAGUCCUACAGAAUAAUUUCAUUGGGGCGCCCAGUGUCAACUAUAUGUGGAUAUUUUACUAACCCUGCGGUCUCUUGUCUCCCCCACCCACAGAACAGGGUCAGAUAGACCUGACCGCAUUUUACAAUUUUGAGGAUGGUCUGUCCCAGCUCACCCUGGAGGGCCAGGCCACCCUGGAAAAACUGGAGGGGAUGCUGGCCAACUCUGCAUCCCAGAAACACCACUGCGUGGCCGGGGCCAUGCCCGAGGACACCCCAACGGGAUGCUGCAAUGGUAUGGGCUUGAAACAAAUUGGAAUGUGGUCUGCAUUGCUUUGUAUAUGCACCUGGGUCGCCUUCAUUAGGGCAUGCAAUGGAAAAAGAAAAUGAGUCCAAGUUGUCCCUCCCCGUUUCAGUCUUUCUGUUUGGUGCCUAAUGAACACCCCUGAUUUGGGUAACAGUAGGUCCUAGGGGUGGACAUUUUGUGGUAGUACCGGGAAAAAUGCAAGAUGCUCUGAUGAAGAUACAUGAAGCAUCAGCGACACGUGUCAGCAUUUGAUUAUUGAAGGGAAUCAAUUUGCCGUCCUGAACCUCCUGCCAGCAUUUUAGUUUAACAGUAUUAAGCACCCCAUCAGUAGUCUAGCCUCAAAUUCCAAACUGAAUAACACUAGGUUUCACUAUUGUUUCAAGUAGCCCUUAUGUUACUGAAUGUAUUCAUAUUUCGUUAUCAACAAAUGCUGCAAAAAGUACAGAUGUGUAAAAUGCACAUAAAAUUAACAAUAGCGUUUGGAUUCAGUCUAGUAAGCUGGACGGCUUUGUCCUCACCUUUUGAUCCAUUCAUUUCCCCAUAAUCUCCAGACUGUUCCUUUUCAAUUGCUACCAUGGUUAUGCAUUUCAUAUUUCAUCUGUAAGAAACAUUUUAAUUUAGUGUUGUCCGUGAUAUAGGCCAAUUCCCAUGAGUGUAAAGGUUUAAGAAAUGCAGCAUAAUUCAGCCCUGUUUUCAAGGCUUCCCCUUCAGCAGUCCAGUAAAAAUAAAAUCUAAUACCCCAUAAUGACAAAGCAAAAACAGGUUUUAGAAAUGUUAGCGCAUUUAUUAAAAAGAAGAAACUGAAAUAUUACAUUUACAUAAGUAUUCAGACCCUUUACUCAGUACUUUGUUGAAGCACCUUUGGCAGCGAUUAGUCUCAAGUCUUCUCGGGUAUGACGCUACAAGCUUGGCACACCUGUAUUUGGGGAGUUUCUCUCAUUCUUCUCUGCAGAUCCUCUCAAGCUCUGUCAGGUUGGAUGGGGAGCGUCGCUGCACAGCUAUUUUCAGGUCUCCCAGAGAUGUUCGAUCAGGUUCAAGUCCGGGCUCUGGCUGGGCCACUCAAGGACAUUCAGAGACUUGUCCCGAAGCCACUCCUGCGUUGUCUCGGCUGUGUGCUUAGGUUUGUUGUCCUGUUGGAAGGUGAACCUUCGACCCAGUCUGAGGUCCUGAGCGCUCUGGAGCAGGUUUUCAUCUCUCUGAGGUCCUGAGCGCUCUGUGCUCCGUUCAUCUUUCCCUCGAUCCUGACUAGUCUCCCAGUCCCUGCCGCUGAAAAACACCCCCACAGCAUGAUACUGCCACCACCAUGCUUCACCGUAGGGAUGGUGCCAGGUUUCCUCCAGACGUGACGCUUUGCAUUCAGGCCAAAGAGUUGAAUCUUGGUUUCAUCAGACCAGAGAAUCUUGUUUUCAUGGUCUGAGAAUCCUUUAGGUGCCUUUUGGCAAACUCCAAGCAGGCUGUUGUGUGCUUUUUUUACUGAGGCGUGGCUUCCAUCGGGCCACUCUACCAUAAAGGCCUGAUUGGUGGAGUACUGCAGAGAUGGUUGUCCUUCUGGAAGGUUCUCCCAUCUCCACAGAGGAACUCUGGAGCUCUGUCAGUGACCAUCGGGUUCUUGGUCACCUCUCUGACCAAGGCCCUUCUCCCUCGAUUGCUCAGUUUGGCCGGGCGGCCAGCUCUAGGAAGAGUCUUUGGUGGUUCCAAAAUUCUUCAAUUUUAAGAAUGAUGGAGGCCACUGUGUUCUUGAGGACCUUCAAUGCUGCAGACAUUUUUUGGUACCCUUCCCCAGAUCUGUGCCUCGACACAAUCCUGUCUCGGAACUCUAGGGACAAUUCCUUCGAUCUCAUGGCUCGGUUUUUGCUCUGACAUGCACUGUCAACUGUGGGACCUUUAUAUAGACAGAUGUGUGCCUUUCCAAAUCAUGUCCAAUCAAUUGAAUUUACCACAGGUGGACUCUAAUCAAGUUGUAGAAACAUCUCAAGGAUGAUCAAUGGAAGCCUGAUGCACCGGAGCUCAAUUUCGAGUCUCAUAGCAAAGGGUAUGAAUACUUAUGUAAAAAAAAAAGGUUUUCAGUUUUUUUAUUUGUAAUACAUUUGCAAAAUUGUCUAAACCUUUUGUCAUUAUGGGGUUUGUGUGUGUAGGUUGUGAUUUGUAUUUAUUUAAUCAAUUUUAGAAUAAGGCUGUAACGUAACAAAUGUGGAAAAAGUCAAGGGGUCUGAAUACUUUCCGAAUGCACUGUAUGAUGACGUUAGAGGAGGAAAUGCAGAGUUUUGGGAAGCAUAGUCUUGUUUUCCUUUUAACUCUCACUUGAUUAUUACCGCCCAAAAUCCUUUUAGGUCAAGGGACAUAAAAAGAAAAAAAAACUAUUCGAGGGUGUUCUUCAUUAGGGCACGCAGCAGAAAGCUCUUUAAAAUGUUUUGCAACGGAAAAUGGAAAUUAGUGUUUAAGUCCAAGUAGUCCCUCCCUGUUUCAGUCAGUUUUCUUCCGUUUGGUGCUGAAUGGACGCUACCCACGGGUCUGCUUUGAGGAGAUUAAGCUCAGAUUGAGUGGCACACCACCAGCAGAUGGCCCAAGUGAAGCAAUUAAGCAGUCUUCCAACGUUCAAACACCAUGUGACCAGAGACCUACACCACCUUUGGGGUGAAGUUUCCCCUAGGUACAGAUGUAAAAUCAGCUUCCCCAAUCCUAAUCUUAUCCAUCAUGUAUGGGCAACUUCACCCUACCCCCUUUCACCACGUUAGAUAUGUUGACACUUAAGUGCCAGUAUAGCAUAGCACAUUCCAUUCCAUUUCGGGCGGGGUGUAGUGUCAUGUAUAUGCUACAGCGAAUGUCCUCCAUACUGUAAUAUAUAGGUUUAUGAGCUGUCACCUUAAGUGACUGAGGCGUUUUGAAACAGGAUGGUGGAGCGCACUCGUGUUGCAUGCAUGCGUUCCAUACAUUCUAUAGGGCAACGCUGCCAGAUGCACAAAGCUUUGCUUUGCAACGCUGCUGCCUGUCGUUGCUGCGUCACAGAGUCCAAUUGACACCCGACACUAACCUUUUUGGUCUGUGACCUUAGGGUAGCUAGUGUAUCCCCAACCUAUUCUUGAUUAUAUUCCACUUAUUUGAACUAUUCCAGUUCUAGCAUGGCUGAUCUGAUACCAUGAAUUGGUCAAUUAAUCGUCAAGCCUUUGAUUAGUUAGCCUUUCCUCAACUGAACUGGUCAACUGAAUGAACAGCGACAUAGAGGAAUAUUAACAUUUUAUUAAAAUAGUUUUCGGCAUAGCCUCGUCUCAGGAAUUAUCCUUGGAGCCGAAAUUCUGAUUUCAGGUAGCCAGCCCAAUGGGGGGAAACUGGCAUCGAGACCCCCUGCUGGGAGAAAGGAGUUUGAUGGGUCUUAAACUGGUGGUGGGGAGGUGGAUGGUUGUCAAACUGUUACAAAAAAACAGCAAGUGAGAGAACAAAGGGUAAGUUGACAUAAAUGCAUCCUGCGAUUUACGCCCAUUGGUUGAGAGGAAGGUGAUAAUUGCAAGCGUUAGCCCAUAGGAUAAACAGCAAGCGUGAGGAAUGUGUAUUAUUGUGCCAUGCUCAUAGGCUAUAAGGGAAAUAGGUGUAUGACAUUCCGCACGUGGCAAAUAGAAAGGAGUAGAUAUGAAGCUUUGAUAGUUUGUAAACACUAAUAUAUUCCCACUAUGAUCAUAGAGGAAGCAAUGUGAAUAUACACUACCGUUCAGAAGUUUGGGGUCACUUAGAAAUGUCCUCAUGUUUUCUAAAGAAAAGCAAAAAAAAAUGGUCCCUUGAAAUAACAUCAAAUUGAUCAGAAAUACAGCGUAGACAUUAUUGUAAAUGGCUAUUGUAGCUGGAAACGGCUGAUUUUUAAUGGAAUAUCUACAUAGGCGUACAGAGGCGCAUUAUCAGCAACCAUCAGUCCUGUGUUCCAAUGGCACGUUGUUUGCUAAUCCAAGUUUAUCAUUUUAAAAGGCUAAUUGAUCAUUAGAAAACCCUUUUGCAAUGAUGUUAGCGAAGCUGGAAAACUGUUGUGCUGAUUUAAAGGUUGCAAAGAAAAAGCUAUAUCUCAGACUGGCCAAUAAUAAGAAAAGAUUAAGAUGGGCAAAAUAACACUGGACUUUUUCUUUGCAACUCUGCCUAGAAGGUCAGCAUCCCGGAGUCGCAUCUUCACUGUUGACGUUGAGACUGGUGUUUUGCGGGUACUAUUUAAUGAAGCUGCCAGUUGAGGCGCCUGUUUCUCAAACUAGACACACUAAUGUAUUUGUCCUCUUGCUCAUUUGUGCACCGGGGCCUCCCACUCCUCUUUCUAUUCUGGUUAGAGCCAGUUUGCGCUGUUCUGUGAAGGGAGUAGUACACAGCGUUGUACGAGAUCUGCAAUUUCUCGCAUGGAAUAGCCUUCAUUUCUCAGAACAAGAAUAGACUGACGAGUUCCAGAAGAAAGUUAUUUGUUUCUGGCCAUUUUGAGCCUGUAAUCAAACCCACAAUUGCUGAUGCUCCAGAUACUCAACUAGUCUCAAUAAGGCCAGUUUUAUUGCUUCUUUAAUCAGCACAACAGUUUUCAGCUUUGCUAACAUAAUUGCAAAAGGGUUUUCUAAUGAUCAAUUAGCCUUUUUAAAAUUAUAAACCUGGAUUAGCAAACACAACGUGCCAUUGGAACACAGGACUGAUGGUUGCUGAUAAUGGGCCUCUGUACGCCUAUGUAGAUAUUCCAUUAAAAAUCUGCCGUUUCCAGCUACAAUAGCCAUUUACAACAUUAACAAUGUCUACACUGUAUUUCUGAUCGAUUUGAUGUUAUUUCAAUGGACAAAAAAAUUGCUUUUCUUUCGAAAACAAGGACAUUUCUAGGUGACCCCAAACUUUUGAACGGUAGUGUAUUUGCUUACUGAUGAAGUUAAAGAAGCAAGCCAUUCAGACCACCUUAGUGAUGUUGAACUUGUUGACCAGUUCUCGUGCUGGAAUAAGAUCAAAUAAGUGCAACUUGUUGGGGGUACCGAUACUCAAGUUUGGGAAACACUGACUUAGGGUAUAGAGUGAUAUAACUGAAGUUUCCUCAGGGGAAAAUUACAGUAAUUAUAUCCUAUUCAAUAUGGGAUCUUUUCCAAUUGUUCCAGGGAUAUUUCAUUGUUCCUAUUACAUUUAAAUUUUUGUCAUUUAGUAGACGCUCUUAUCCAGAGCGACUUACAGUAGUGAGUGCAUGCAUUUUCAUAUUUGUUCGUAAUGAUCCCCCGUGGGAAUCGAACCUACAACCCUGGCGUUGCAAGUGCCAUACUCUACCAACUGAGCCACACUAUUCUCUCCUCUUCACCUGCAGUACCUCAAACACUGAGUAUACAAACAUUAAGAACACCUGCUCUUUCCAUGAGACUGACCAGGUGAAAGCUAUGAUCCCUUAUUGAUGUCACUGGAUUGUGUAUGUGUGCCAUUCAGAGGGUGAAUGGGAAGACAAAAGAUUUUAGUGCCUUUGAACGGGGUCUGGUAGUAGGAAGGUGUUCCAAAUGUUUGGUAUACUCAGUGCAAGUGUCAUGUUCAGUAGGAAAAUAUUUUUAAAUGGAGUGAAACGGGGAGGUACUGCCUUAUCCAAUGAACACAUUUUCCAUUGCAAAACAUUUUGCUACAGUUUGCACUCAGGUGUCCAGAAGGACAAGUUGUUUAAUGAAAUACUUAUCUGACUCCUACCCUUCCUCUCCACCUCCAGAGUCUGGUGCAGUAGGGGUCUCAGGACAGUUUGAAGACGCCGACGUUGAUCAUUGGUAAGACUGUCACCUUCCUCCUGGGAAUGGGUUCAAUUGAUUGAUUUAGAUUUUUAUUGGAUAAUUAAAAGUACAUAGGCUUCUCCAGGUGGUUGAUUUUAUAUAAUUCAGUGUUUCCAUCACUAGCACACCUGAUUCAACUAGUCAAAGCCCUUUUAUUAGCUGUGUCAGGUGUGCUAGUACUGGAAUAGACUAAAUAAGGGGAACGGCUGGGGGUACUCGAACAGAGGUUAGGGAAACGCUGCUAUUAUGCCUCUAAUUAUUAUUAGGGCUCAUGAUUGGCUCUCUCCUCCUGUGCUGUUGCUAAUUGUAUUGUUGGGUUUUAAAUGAUUGUGUGACUAUGAAUGGCUCUGUUCCCGUGCGUAGUUUUAACGAUCCCUGUACUGUAAUCAAGCUGGGUAGUUCUAAUACUCUCGUUGGCAGAGACUGCCUAGCUUGGCCUGCAACUGAUAAAUUCCACCUUCCAUUCACCCGUGGCACAAGUUCCCCCUAGACUUUACACAGUGUGAUUUUAAUCAUUGACUCACGCUCCAGUCCCUUACCCCAAGGCCACCUAUAGCGUGUUCAAGCAGUCAUUUUAUUUUAGCACUUUUUGGACUAAUGAAGAGUCAUGAUAACAUGGCCAUGAUGUCACCGUGAUCAGGUCCAUUUCCUGGCCACUAAUCAGCCGUGUGAAAUGUGAUCUUGUGUUGCAGAUGGAACAGAGAGGCCCUUGUUCGCACCCCCCUGACUGAAAGCUUUUUGAAAACGGGGGCAUUAGGGUGGAAUCGAGGAGGGAGGCCUAAAGGUCUGAUUGCGUAACACAGAUGCAGGGAGGGCCAAGGCACUGGGUCUCCUCUGAAUGAGAAAGUCUCACCCAGCUAAUCUCUACUGGCGGGUCACCAUAGGCCUCUAAGUCUGGAAGACUAACACAAAUAACAACUCACUUUUUUUUAUGUGGAGUUUCCAUUUUUGUUACUGAGAGAAAAGACCAGCAGAUUUAUUUUGAGCUUUGUAUGUUCAAAUACUAAAUAAUAAAACUUGGUUUUGUAUAAAGCAAAGUGUGUGUGUGAGAAUGGAUUAAUUGGUAGUUGAAAUGUAGUCAAACAUAAUCUGAUUCAUCUGAAGUGAGCACAAGGACUUUCAAACAGCAACUUGUAAAUCUAAUCAACCUUCUACUGUAAUUCUUAUCAACCUGUGUUUUAACAAGUGAUAAGUUGCAGGAUAAGGAUUUGAGAUGUAAUGCUGGUGGGAUGUUCAGUUGGCUGCCACAGGCCAGCUCUAGGGCCGUAACAACAUUGUUUGCUGAAAAUACUUUUUGUUUGCCAACUGGCACCCUGG